UCGGUAGUAAUUUUGUUUGGGCGAAAUAAACAAAAAUAAAUGCGGGAAAAGUACAAAAAACUACGUUAUCUUUUGUGUAGCCAUAGCAACCGGUGUGUUUGUCGUCUGAGUAACGUUUAAACAUUCUCGUUUUGCAGCCUAGAAAUCUGUGAAAAACAACCAAACGAGCAUCACACGCGCAGCUCGAGAAACCGAGAAACCGAAAAAAGUAUCUUUGGAAUUCUGAAGCAAAGAUUGGAUGGGAAUCCAGUGCAAACAAAUAUCUUUACUACGAAAAACACAAAUCCGCAACUGCAAACCUUAAAAAAUAUAUGAAACUGAAUAUUAUAUUUGGAAUUCACUAAAUAAGAGCUGAGAGCAACCAAGAAAAGGGGUUUUCUAUAGAAAAAAGAACACGGAGCAAGUAAAAUACAUUUUCGAAUUAAGAAGAUAUACGAAAGCAGCUCAAACCAAUUCAAAACCAACUAAAAACCCAAGAAAUCUUAGAGUACCUAUGCAAGUAACCCUGAAUGAAUUGAACAUUGCACUUCAAACAAAAUUGUAUUUAUAUCUUUUGCCGCUUAAAUCGAAAAGUAUCGAAUGAAUCAUUCGUUGAAGCCCGUCUAAUUCAAGGAAUCACCUGCUGAAAGUUAUUAAAAAUAAAAAACAGUAAUUCUUAAAGAAAGAUUAAAUAUAGUCCCAAAAUGGGCUUCGAUAUCGAUACCCAGAAGAUCUGCUCGGAACUGGAGAGCACCGAUCGACGUCUGAAGACCACAAUUCUAGAAGAACUACGCGAUAAGUGCGCAAAUGGAGCAAAAACCGCGAGCGCCGACGAAAUAGCCCAGGUUUUCGAUCAACUGUAUCUGCAUCUGUUGAAAUGCUACGAGGAUAAAUUCGAAAGCGUUCGCGAUCGUGCCGUUCAAGCGGUAAGUGCCUUUUUGGCCGGGCUGCCGCCCACGGAUUUCCACCUGAUGAAUGUGGUGUCCACUUUGGCGGAGCGAAUGGGAAAGGCCGAAACCGUGGAGCCCAGCGAGGAGAUCCGUCUGCUCUACAUUAAGCAACUGAAUCUGAUGGUUUGCCUGUACGCAAAGAUGGGCAGUGUGGGCGUCUUCAGGGAGUGCUAUCCCCUGGUGGCGAAGAUCCUGAUCAAGUCCAUCAAGGAUGACUAUCCGUUGGUUCAGCGCGAAGGCUGCUCCACCGUGGUGAAUCUCGCUCGCGUGGCUGAUACCCAGGAGUUUCGUCCCUUUACGGAAUCAUUACUUCUACCUCUUUACUCCAUGCUGAACCACAAGCAUGCGCAGGCCAGGAUCUCGGCCAUUGAAGCCAUCGGCAGGCUGAGUCUGCACAUGGACGCCAGUGGCGAUGCAAUGAGGCGGCUCUUCAAUGAGGUAUCGCCCCUUCUCAUGGACACCAUGCCUUUGGUUCGUCGUGAAGUCGGCCAGAUGGGCAUUCUAAUGCUAAUGGAGCUGCUGGAUCGCUAUUCCUUCUUUGAGAGAAUUCUACCGCUGGUUCUUUGUUGCCUAAAGGACGAGUCUCCGGAGGUCCUGAAUCACAUAUACCCACAAUGGCUCAAGUGUGGCGUACAGUAUUUCAAUGAAAACGAAGCCGAGUUGUCGCAACAGGAAAUAAGCGAUCUGCCAGCUGAGAAUUAUCCGGAAGAUAUCAAGCGUCCUACCAUCGGAUGUCGUGGUUUGGUGCAACGAUCUUUGAGACUGUUGCAACUGAUUACCCGGGAAACAAGCGACUGGAAGGACAACGUUCGCCUUCACGCCCUGAAGCUUCUCUAUCAGUUUGUCUUGCACGCCGAGGCUGCCAUGACGGCCAAGUUCUUCGAGAUCUAUGGGGAUUUGGCCCAUGCCUGCAUUGAUCCCGUGGCCGAAGUCAAUGCGGAAGCCGCCAAGGUGGCCGAUUUGAUGGGUCGCCUGUUAUCCUACGAUGCCUGGAUAGAUCAUGGCUUCGAUGGCCUGGAACGAAAUGCCCGGGAGUCCUAUAUGAGAUGUUUCUACCACAUGUUCACCGCAUCGCUGGGUGGCACCUAUGAGCAGCUGAUGCGGUUGGCCAACCUCCUUCGCAGCACCGAUUACUCGCAUACUCUGAAGCCAGGCUUCCAGCACUACAUACUGAAACUAUUGGACACCAUUGUGGAUAAAUCGCAGAAGAUCAAUGCGGGGCAGAACGAGCUGGAAGAUCUCUACGAGUCGGUGUAUGUAACUGGCAUUAAAGUAAUGGCACUUUCCAAUUCCCUCGAAAGUAGCAGCAACGAAGAUGUCAAUUUCGGACAAAUGCUGAUCGAAAAGCUUGUGACACUUCUCAACUCUUCGCUUGCAAAAACUCACGAACGUUGGUUUCACUUGGCCUUGAAGGAUGUGGAGAAUCUGGAUGCGGCUUUGGAGGAUAAUGCCGAGCCAGUGAUGCUGUUGGAUGGAUUGAUUAAUAUGUGCCACAUUCGAGCUACCUAUGUGCACGAUCUUAUCGAGAAGGUUAAGAUCGUCUUUGCACAUUGCUGCGAUAGUGCUCAAGUGAAAAUCUUUAGCAGUCUCUCGUUAGCAACACUAUUUUGGUCGAAGACGAUGAACAUUGAACGUGAGCGCAGCACCCAGAUGUUAAGUGAAUUCGUGUCGCAGAUUGUGGAACCCUAUCUGACCUGGAAAGCCGGAUCCAAUGCCGAGGCCAUGAGAUCCCUGGCCAUGGCAACACUAUGUGCUUUGGCUCAGGGAGCCGAGUCUGAAUCUGUGGAAGUGCUACCCUCGCUGGCCAAACACAUGCCCAGCCUGCUCGAGGAUCGCAAUGUCACCACACGGCAUUAUGCGGUCAAGGCGGUUGUGUAUUUUAGGGAAAUGUCUGUGGAAGAAUUGAAACCAUUGGCCUAUGCCACCAUGCAGCGCAUGGAUGAUCCUUCGGCUGGCAUUCGCAUCCUGGCUGCUUUGGCUGUGGGUAAACUGAAGCCCAAGUUCAGCGAGACGGAUACUGAAAUGGAAUAUGAAAAGGAGGUGUGGGAUGUCAUAGUAAAACGUGCCAUGGGUCUGCUCUUGCUCUAUCACGAGAGUCCCGAGAAGGAAAUGAAGGCAGCUGUGGAAGUUACCCUACAGGUCUUGGCCCGAUCUCAUCCAGAAGCCUGGGAGGAACGCUAUCAACGGGCUUUGCCCAUGGCUCAGAAAAAGGAUCAGCUCCACGAACUCUACAACAGGCUAACCAUCAAUGAAGCUCCAGAUCCUGGCAAUACACUUACAUCCGAAGAUUAGGUUACACUUUACAUAUUAUUUACAAAUUAAUUAAGCGUUUAGUUAUAUUUUAUCGCAUUGCAAAUUUGACUUGCUACUUCUAAAGCGUGUACUUAAGCCUUUUCGUAAAACAAUUUAAUUUUAAUUAAUGAAUUGAAGCUGUAGCUUUCAUUCGAGCAAUUGAUUUAAUUGACCCAUAUACAUAUAUCCACUUCUAAGUACCAAGAACUAUUGUAAACAAAAGCUUCAAACUAUAAAGUAAAAUCUGUG